AUGGUGUACCGCACUCUAGCGCAACGCCUGGAUUUUUGUCAAGCAAGUAACGGUGUUCGGCUUAGGCACAGUGCCCCGAUCCAUGUCCGUGGCUCGUCUAGUAGCCUACGGGAGCGAAAAGAACUUCAUUCGAAUGCGCCGUUAGUGACCGACCAACAGCGUCAUAAUAGCAGGACACUGCGACUGACGCUGGAGACAGAUGGGCCCCGCGAUCAUUUCGUUGAUCAGAAAGCAGUUAGGAUUCCGACUGGUUCCUCCCUGGUUACGCCUGUACAUCCAAGAAAGGCAAACGGAUUGAUGGGUCAGGUACAAAAUGGGGGGCAACACAGUUCGUGCUGGUUCCACAGAUCAAGGGUUCUGCAAUAUGCCCGCUGUCUCAGUGCCACUUCGUCACUGCUCCGUGCGACUGGACCCGCGCAGACGCCAGCAGCAAUCUACGGCAUAAAGCAGGGAGUGGCAAUCCCGCAAGUGCGGAUUGUGGAGGUGUCUCCCCGUGAUGGCCUUCAGAAUGAAGAGGAGAUUCUCUCGCUCGAUGAUAAGAUCGCUUACAUCAAUAUGCUUGAAACUGCGGGCCUCUCAACAAUCGAAAUUGCUUCCUUUGUCAACCCGGCGAAAGUGCCGCAAAUGGCUGACGCAGCAGCACUCACACGCCACUUCUGUCCUAGAAAUACACAUAUGGGCAGCCUUAGUCCGAGAUUCCAGGUUCUAGUCGCCAACAUGCGAGGUUUUGAGGAAGCAGCAGAAGCUGGUGCACAGGAGAUUUCGGUCUUCACUGCCACAACCGACGCUUUUUGCAAAGCAAACAUCAACACUACAGUGUCGGAGAGCUUGAAGAAGUUCAGCGUCAUUGCACGGGAGGCAGCGGAUCGUGGUAUCAAGACUAGAGGAUACGUCUCGUGCAUUUUCGAAUGCCCGUACCAAGGCACGGUUGCUCCGACGACAGUCGUCCAAGUGGCUCGGCACUUGCUUGACAUGGGAUGCUACGAAGUCAGCCUGGGCGAUACGCUCGGCGCCGGCACAGCUGGACAGACUCUACGCCUCAUGGAGGAGCUGCACCGGGACAACUUUCCGAUGGAGGCUGUAGCGAUGCAUCUUCACGACACAUACGGGCAAGCACUGGCGAACAUCCUCCUGUCGGUUGUCCAUGGAGGAGUUCGAGUUGUUGAUACUGCAGUGGCUGGCCUGGGAGGCUGCCCAUUUGCCUCGACACCUCUUCCCACUUCUGCACGGUGGCCAGACGCCGGAGCAGCCACAGCCGCUGCAGCUGCAGCCGCUGCAGCCAAGAGGCUGAUGAUGGAUGCAAAACGAGCGAGGAGCAAGGAUGGAACCGGAGAAGCCUCUAGGACCGAUGAUACGUCCAAUGCCGUAGCUCGCGUCACUGGAAUCACCGAAGAUGCUUGUCGUCUAUCAUGGUCUCGACAAGCGCAAGCUAUAUAUCCCCGAGUAGCACCGGGGAACGUCUCCACCGAAGACGUUGUGUAUAUGCUGGAAAAGUCAGGUGUAAAAACCGUUCCCACAAUUCUGGAGUUCCUGUGA